AUGGCGAUGCAGCUCCAGGAGCGCGUUUUAUCAUUCGAUACAUACUCCCUCGGUGGCUUCAAGGAAGGUGUGUCUUUGACGUGCGAUGACGAGCUGAACCGGUGGCAGAAGUACGCGUACGGCUGUAACGAACUGCCAUUCAACCCCAUAGCUCGGUGGUAUCCACUCGUUCCUCUGGUCGCGCCGCUGCACUACAAGUUCUCGAUGAUGUCGUACAUGUUCUCGUACUACGGUAUCGCGUGUUCGAUCACGAUCAGUGUCAUCAACUACAUCUGCCUCGGCUUCGAGCUUCCCAUUUGGCUGGCGACGACGGUAGUCUUCAUAGGCUCCGGCGGCUACACUCUACUCCAGUACCUCUGGUCUUUCCUCAUCAAUGUUAUGUGGAUUCCAUACUUCCAGGCGAUUAUCGCCCACCUGUUCUCACACAACAUCUCAUGGGGUGCGAAGAAGGAGGUCGAGCGGUCGAUCUUCUUCGAGGACAUCCCGAAGAUCCUCAAGAGGGCCUGA